AUGUGGCGCAAAUGGUACAUUGGCGUUGGGCCCGAGAACUUCCGCCCAGCGGGUGAUGCAAUAUUCCUGUUAACACCAUUUGUCGCUUCUAGAUUAUUUGUUUUCCUCUUUUUUUGCGCGACUGCAGGCCUCCAUGCCAGUGACUUUGACGUGUGGGAAAUGGACGCCCAGAAGUACACCUGGACGCUCUUGUCCGCUGGAGAUCCCAAGUUUGCACCUCGCGAGCGCCACGGGGCCGUUAUAUUGAAAGAAUCUGCUGUGAGACUGCUGUCACUGCAGGUCCUGUGCCCCGGGUCAGGAAUCAACGGCAUGUGCAAUGGCCAGGGCGAGUGCCUGCCUUCUGGAGAAUGCGCAUGCAAGUACGUACAGGUCGUGAUGCUUCAACAUGCCUAUGUUUUCCAACUUAUCCGCUGUUCCAGGCCGGGAUUCAAGGGUAUGGCCUUUCGUGCUAUGCCUUACAUGAACUCUAGUAUUACUAACAAAUACUCAACUUCAGUGCAAGCCAUUUGGAGGGACAUCGUUCGAGAGGCGGGGGGAGUGAGGCAAAAUGCCCCUAAUAGAAUUUCCUUCGUUUCCUUUACAGUUGAAUCCAUCAACAGAGCCUACCACCAAUGCCGCAAGUCGGUGAACUGCGAGGCACGGCGGCGGUCUACAGUGGAGCUUGCAUUGGCCAGAGGCCAAAUUGCCCUGUAA